AAAGUUUGGGUUUGAAGAAGAGAGCAUUUCGUUCUAUUAAAAAAACAAACUGUUUGCAGUAUUGGUGGUUCUCUAUUUUCUCUCUGGUUUUCUCAACCAACUUUCUCUUUCUUUCUUCUCUUUCCCGGUAACCAAACAGAAAGAUUUUGGUCAAAUUUUAAGAGAAUUGAACAAAUCAAUGUUGAGUAUCUGCAGCUAGUAGAGGGAGACAAAGAGCGAUAACUUAGUUUAGCAGGUACAUUUGCGGGAUUUAAAGGUGCUUUUGCAAGGCAUUUCUACUUGGUGGAGAAUCGUACCUUGUGACAAUUGGCUAUAUUACAUUGAGAUUUAUAUAUGGAUGGUCACAGAAUUUGAGUUUUGCAGAUACAUGUUCUAGAGACUUACGCAGCUAUAGAGGGGGAAUUGGUUCAUUUCCUUGCAUAUUAUAGAAUACAGGGAUCAGUUUCUGGAUAUACAAAGAUCGGAAUCUGAUAUGAGAGUCGAGGAUUUAAGCGUUGAAAUGUCACAUUCAGCUGAAAAUCUAAAAUAGAUUUGCAUAUUGCGUUGGCUGAGGACUUAAUGAAGCAAAAUUUGUUGUGAUUCACCGUGUUCAUAAUGUCAAAAUCUGCGUAAUAUACUCAUCGUUUCAGAAAAAUCAGCUUUUCGGGUGUAAAUUCGAUUGAUAAUCACAGAUUUCUUCCACGACUUGAAGUUUCAGGUGUGCAACAGAAGAUGGAAAAGGACUACUUGAAAAGCAAUGAUAAUGUUAACACCAAUAAUACCCACAAAAUCGGAGGCGAUGGGUUGUUAAGAGUCGUUUCGGAGACCACCAAGCAAACGACGUCGAAUUUUGUUCUGCAGUGGGGUAGCCGGAAGCGCCUCAGGUGCAUGAAGGUCCAGGUGAAGAACGAUUCCAACGCCCCGGUCCAUCGAACCACUGUUCGUGUCGACCGCAGGGUCGUGAGAGCCGACAAAGAGGCUUCUAAUCAAACAAGUACCACCAAAAAUACUAAUCAAAGCAAUGGAUAUUUGAAUCUCCAGCACCGUCCUUCCUCACCAGCUCCACCGCCACCCCAGCGUGUUCUCAGGAAUUCUGAGAAUUCAAGUGCCAUGAGAGGCCAGAGUAACGGUGGUGUGAGAGGCCUUGCUUCACCUGACAGGGUUGCACAGGACAAAAGAGGCUGCACCACCAACCACCACAACGCCAACCAGGAGAAUAAUAACAAAUCAGGGGCAUCUUCCGAGACAGCGCAUGAUAGCAAGAAAGGAGGAUCGUCUUCAGGGAGCGGAGAGGCCGCACCACCUGUUUGGCCACCUAAGUUUGUGAUUGCUUUAACUAACAAAGAGAAAGAGGAAGAUUUCAUUGCCUUUAAGGGUUCAAAGCUGCCUCAGAGACCCAAGAAGAGGGCCAAGUUUAUUCAACGCACUCUCAAUCUUGUAAGUCCAGGGGCAUGGCUAUGUGAUCUAACGCUAGAACGGUACGAAGUCAGAGAGAAGAAAAUCUCCAAGAAGUAGAUGAGCAUUCAACGCAUGCAGAGACCAAGAGGGUUGAAAGCUAUGGGCAAUAUGGACUCUGACUCUGAGUGAGGGCAAAACCUCUGGCAAGAAAGCGUCUUUUAGGAUAAUUUCAUUACAGAAGAUGAAGACUACAAGUCGAUGUAGAAAGCGGUUUAUUUUUGACAAAAGAAGGAUGUGAGAAAAUGUGGGUUAGCGUGUAAAUUAUUCCUUUCACUUUCACCAGCAGCUAUAAGCAUGAAAGGAUGAAUUUUCAACCAUUA